UAUACGCCAAUAUUCGAAUUGGCACGAAGUUCGAUUUUUCGUCUGGAGAAAUUCAGUCUCGUUAUUGUGAGAGUUCAAAAAUAAGAAAGUUGCCUUGUUGUAGUACUCUAGCCGAUAAACAUGACAGAACAGACGAACGGCGAAACCAAAAAGAGCGACUCAGAUCUUGUUCAGCCGAAGAAUAUGGACUUGAGCAGCGCAAUAGCCACUGCGGUAAAUCAUGUCCUAGAUGGUUACGACUGGUCUUUAAUUCCACUACCUGUGAGAGUAAACGGUGGACAUAAACAUAAACCGCACGUGAAGAGACCCAUGAACGCUUUUAUGGUCUGGGCGCAAGCAGCUAGAAGAAAAUUAGCUGAUCAGUAUCCCCAUCUACACAACGCUGAACUGAGCAAAACGCUAGGGAAACUUUGGAAACUGCUCAACGAUGCUGAGAAGAAACCGUUUAUCGAAGAGGCCGAGAGACUCAGGCUGAAACAUAAGAGAGAGCAUCCCGAUUAUAAAUAUCAGCCGCGAAGAAAGAAGCAAAAAGGCAACGGAGGUCCUGAUCAACCGGAGGCAACAAUCUCAGCUGAUGAUCUGUUGAAAGUCUUAAAAGGUGAUACCCAACUGAUGCCCAAAUCAGGAUGCAGCCAAGACGGCAACUGCGCGAGUCCAGAAAGUAGUUUAAGCGGUGAAGAAGCCAGUAGUCCAGGUUCCAGUAGUUCAGCCACUUCACCGCCAACCACGCCGACUGCCACUGUCAAGUUGGAAGGUGGAUUGAAAUUCUCUGAGGCAAGCGUGGCGGACCAUGAAAUCCACGGUCCUUCUUCCAGCUUUGCCGCGUGCCCGAAGAAAACAGAGCCGAACGGAAGCAGUGACAGCAACAGCAAUAACGCGCUUGAUUUUCACGUUGAAAUGGGUGACCUAACCACAGAUCUAAUGGUGGACACUACAGAAUUCGAUCAAUACCUGCACUCAUACACUCAGCCACUGCUCUCAAACCCUCCUUCCUCAGCUUCAUCGGUAACCUUCACUUCUCACGGCUUCACUCAAACGCACGGAGCGUCCAAGUUCGUGACAAAUAACAAUUCUGUCUCGUCCAGCUACACAGAAUUUAUGGAGCAAUUGCAGAAGCUUCCUUCCUCGUACCCGCCGAAUCAAGUCGCUCCCUCGGCUCUGCAGCAGAGGAACCAACCUGACAAUGGCGCGUUCCAAUUCUCGUUCGGCGACACCGAAGUAAGUGGAAACAGUUCUCGACCGUUCACAAUUUCCGAUGUCCCUUCAAUUGUUAUUCCUGCUUCGACAACCUCUGCAGCGCAGAACCCGCAGUCAUCUCCUUCCCGUAUGCACACGCUUGUUUGGAAAUGAAGGUUUUGAAGGAUCACGAACAUUACGAAUUUAUAGCUCCUGUGGAGCGAGCAUUUUAAUUUAAAAUGAAUUUCAUUGCAUGUCUUCUGAUUUUAGAAGCAUCAAGGUUUUUUCUACACCCUACCGCGCGCGGGUAUUACACGGUUUUAGAAAAAUGAACAUAUUUCUUUUGAAAAUAACCAAGCAAUUCGUGCGCUUAAAGGCAAUUUUAUUUUAUUUUAUCUUAUUUCAACGAAUUCGCUUUCCUCUUUAUAAACUUUUGUACAGUGUUAUCGUUUUUGCGUCUGAAAGCUAAAAAAUUUUUUAUUGCUUUACUGUUUUAUUCGAGACAUUAGCUGACAAGCGAGGAAAAAAGAAUGCCAGACGCAAGUGUUCUCCGCUAUAGCAAAGCUUCCUAGAUUUUAAUUUGUCGUAUUCCCUUACACUCGAGUGGUUGCCAAAGGAAACUUGAUUUGCUAUUCAAUCCACAUGUAAAUACUAGAUCGACAGGGAUGAUAGCUUUUGUAAACGUCUUGAAGCAAUAACCGUAGAAUUAUCUAUGUUCAUUAAAGUCUGCCUUAGGCAGAACUCGCGUUUUUGUUAGAUCUAUUAUUGGCAGAAUAAAGUAGUUUUUUGAAGGUGAAA